UCACGUGCAGAUUUUUCCCUCUUUCCUUAAACCCAUUCGGCGAAAUCCACAGCCCACAUAAAUAUGGAUUACUGAUGUUGUUUAUAUUUAACUUCUCAUUUGGCCACAACAGUGAUGACGUGAAGAAAUGUCCAGAUCGAAUACGAUGUGAGAUCUACAUCAAUAUUUCAUUAACAGGAGGCUCGCACUGUCUGCUUGUCAAUGAUGAAAAAGCUGUUGAAUUUAUUGAUGACAACUAUACUCCUCCUGAAAUUUCAGUCUACGAUAGUUAUAAAAAAGUUAUGGAAGUUAACUUCACAAACAACAAGACACGGCCCGGCAUUAUAGUCACUCUGAAAUCACCUGAUUAUACGCAGAAUAUAACUGGUACCUGGUGUAUCAAAAAUGACAAAACCCAAGAGCUCAUUCACCUAUUUCAACUUAAAAUUAUGAAACGAUUUGAGUACAGAAUAAUGCUAAUCGAAAAGGAAAUACAAAAUUUAUCAGACUUUUUAGUAAGUCUUUUCGAUUCUCCUGUGUUGGCGCUAAGGAAGAAGAAAAAAUGGAUGGUACGUUUAGAGAAAUUGAAGAGCAGUCUUAACAAAAGUAAGGAGAAAACACACACAAUUUCUUGGUCGCCGGAGGAACGGAAGAGUCAACGCUUAUGAAGCAGGCAACAAUUAUCAUCAUUACAGUGAACAGGAGCCAGAACAGUCAUUUCAAAAUGUGAUAUCAGUUUAGAAAUCAACAUA